UUAGUAACAGAGAAAAGUGUUUUGAGGCGAUGGUAAAGGGGGAAAACGGAACACUGAACUGGUGAGGAGGUUUGAAGUGUUCUAAAUUUGUAAACGAUGUUGCAGUCGUGCUUCCCGAAGCGCUUAAAACCUGUGUGGAGCCUCCGGAAUAGGCACAACUGGUGUCCUCUCACCGCUGCAACCAGUAUGUUUUGAGCAUCAAGUGAGCGUUUCAGAUAAUAUUCCUGAUCCCCUUUCCGUUUCUUUUGCUGGGCUACACUUUUCUUUUAGCAGAGUAGCAGAAAGUGCACGAAUCUAAACCUAAAAAGUAUGCCCAAACCUUCCGCGCCCUGACGCGCUCCUCUGAGCGCAUGUUGGACCGGUGAGCGUCUGGACUAGUAUGAAGCGCCAUGGCUUGGUGUGACCGCGGGGUUCAAACGCUGCUGGCCACCUUCGGGGCUUUCGCUGCCUUCAGCCUGAUGACCAUCGCCAUCGGCACGGACUACUGGCUCUAUUCGCGGGCGUACAUCUGCAACAGCACCAAUGCCUCAACAGACGAGACUCAGUCCCAGCCCAAAACCAAGAAGGGCGAUCUGACCCACUCUGGGCUGUGGAGAAUCUGCUGUAUUGAAGGCAUCAAUCAAGGCAGCUGUUUCAGAAUCAACCAUUUUCCGGAUGACAACGAUUACGACACAGACAGCUCUGAGUACCUGCUUCGUAUAGUUCGUGCCUCCAGUGUGUUCCCCAUCAUCAGCACCAUCCUGCUGAUGCUCGGCGGGCUUUGUGUCGGGGCGGGCCGAGUUUACAACAAGACAAACAACGUCCUCCUCGGUGCAGGAAUUCUCUUUGUAGCUGCAGGUCUGAGCAACAUAAUAGGCAUAAUUGUCUACAUCUCCAGCAAUGCAGGAGACCCCAGUGAUAAACGGGACGAUGACAAGAAGUACACUUACUCUUAUGGCUGGUCGUUCUACUUCGGCGCCCUGUCCUUCAUCGUGGCCGAAACUGUGGCUGUCCUCGCCAUCAACAUCUACAUUGAGACGAACAAGGAAGUUCGCUGGAGGGCGCGGCGGGAGUUCAUCCGUUCGCUUUCUUCCUCUUCCCCUUACUCAAGGAUACCCAGCUUCCGUUAUCGCCGGCGAACAUCACGCGCCAGCUCUCAUUCGACGGAGGCCUCGAGGGAGAACUCGCCUGUGGCCGGUCUAAAGAGGAUGCCAUCUUCCGGUGGGCCUCUGGACGAGCUGUCUAUGUACGCCCUGGCGAGGGACAGUGUGACGGACAACACGUACAGCCCCGAACAUGAGGCUGGUGCUGAGUUCCUCCACGUCCAUAACUGUUUUCCCAACGAUUUAAAGGACGGGGUGAAUCGCAGAACCACGCCGGUGUGAGGGACAUGUUGCUGCUGAACUGAGGGUCAGUCUGUUGGAGCCUGAGUGCUUGUGAUAGCCUGUCAGAGGCAUAGAGGCAAAGUUUUACUAAAAAGGGAAAGAUGACAGUCAGACAUACAGAAAAUGAGCGAAUUUACAGGACAUGAGAACCAUUUAUCUGCCUAAAGGGAAUCAUCAAAGCAGAAAAGAGUUAGAGUCUGUGCUGUAGCUGAUUGAAAUCGAUGCGAUCUGUCAACUGAAAUGCUUUAAGGAGCAGCAGCGUGAGGAUGAAAACCUUUGAUUGUGUAAUAGUUACUAAACAUUGAGGGUGUGAUGUGUUGAUGUGUGCCCAUCAGCAGUAUGCUACCUGUAAAUUAUUCAACAAGGUGCUAAAUUGAAAUGUUCUCUUCAACUUGAAAGUGUUCCAUUUGUGUGUGCAGUUAAAAUGUGGACGCCUAUUUGUAUUGUGUCCUCAUAACCAGUUUGGUUUUGCCUUGUACUCUAAUUUGAUGAAAGAGAAAAACAGCAAUGUCAUUUAUAAUAGUGACUGACCUUUUAAACAAACGUAAUUAUCAUUAUUUUUUAGCUUUUUUCACGAGUGUAUGGUUUGGGGGCCAGUGUUUUCACAAAUGAUUGACUUGCUGAGUUGUAAUGUACUAAAUGUUCAGUAUUUUUAACAGAAUGUACAAACCGACUAUUCUGUCCUCCAAACAAUAUGAAAGGUUUUGUCUCACUCGCCAUCCUAGCCUCAUAUUUAUUAUUCUCUGACAUUUUUCAGUGAAACUAAAUGCCGGUGGAGCACCGCUGUUCAGCCACUUCUUUUGAUCCACUUCCACAUCAGUCAGCUAUUCUUCCAUCACCCCCCCCCCCCUCGAUGGAUGUGACAUUGUGUAUGUGCCUGUCACAAGAGAAGAGCAGCUGAUAAAAAAAAAGGGGGUGACCGGAACUGUGAAAACGGCACAAAGGUCAGCACUUCCCUUUGCUCUGAAUGAAAACACCAAGAGUGUUGAAUGGAUUGGAUCCAGACGGGGAAUCUUUGUCACAACGCCUUUGGGUCCAUCUGCUCCCCCUCCCAUGUUGAGUAGAGGACUCAGACAGAGGCAGAGGGAGCUGUCUGCAUCUGUGUCCCUGAAGGAUGUGUGUGUGUGUGUGUGUGUGUGUGUGUGUGUGUGUGUGUGUGUGUGUGUGUGCACGCGUGCGCACGUGCGUGUGUGUGUGCGUACCGUCGCGCUGAAUGUCCAUCACUGCUCUUUCUUUUAGUUCUCUCAGGAAACAUUGUGUUGUCGUGGCAGGGAUGAACACUUUUGAGGUCCUCUCCCUUCUGGUGGCAAGGCUGGGAAACGAACCAAUGAAAAAGAUAAACCUGGUCAAAAUGAUUUUGGAAAAAAAUGCCAUUUAUUUUUUGUAAAUGCUGUGAGUGUUUGCUUGAGCUUGCUCCAACAACCAGCUGGAUUGUUUUUGUUUUUUUCAGUCUUAGGGCUACUCAGUUGGUUCUGAUUUGGCAAGCGAGCUCACUUAACCACAACAUCGUAUUUGAUUGUAUUUAGUGUAGUUUGAUAUCCCAUUAGAGGUACUACUGCCAGGCUAAAAGAAAGCCAUCAUCAGUAUGAUCCAUUGUAGAGUGUAGAUCUGACACUUUUAUAUC